AUGGGAAGCCGUCGUGAGGUCGUUCACAAGGUGAACUUUUCUGACCCAAGAAGCUUCGCAUCCUCGUUCAAAUCUGAUCUGAAGGAGACCUUCUUCCCCGACGACCCCUUCCGGCAAUUCAAGAACCAACCACCACUUGGGCGAGCGAAGAAGGCCGUCCAAUACUUCUUUCCUGUAUUCGAAUGGUUGCCGAAAUACAAUUUCCGUCUAUUCCAGUACGACCUGCUCUCCGGGAUCACCAUUUCUAGCCUUGCAAUCCCUCAAGGGAUCAGUUAUGCUAAGCUCGCUAGCCUACCACCAAUCAUCGGCCUAUAUUCGAGCUUUGUACCUCCUCUCAUUUACGCCGUUUUCGGUAGUUCCAAGGAUCUUGCUGUUGGGACUGUAGCCGCUGCAUCGCUGCUCUUGUCUUCAAUUAUAGGUGGAGUAGCACCACCCAAAGACGAUCCAACAUUGUAUCUUCAUUUGAUGUUCACCGCUACUUUUUUCACCGGUGUCUUCCAGACAGCUCUAGGCAUCUUCAGACUUGGGAUCUUGGUGGAGUUUUUAUCGCAUUCCACCAUCACAGGCUUUAUAGGAGGAACAGCGACAAUUAUCUGUCUGCAACAGCUGAAGGGCUUGUUUGGAUUGAAGCAUUUUACGUCGAAAACUGACGUAAUUUCUGUAAUACAUGCGAUCUUUAAAAACAGAAGCGAGUGGAGAUGGGAGAGUACAGUUAUUGGUGUCGUCUUCCUUAUGUUCCUCCUCUUGACCAAAUCCCUGAGGAACAAGAGGCCAGAUCUGUUCUGGGUCUCAGCAAUGGCACCAAUGGUGACUGUGGUUGUGGGCUGUCUUUUCGCUUAUUUUGCCCAUGGAGAGCACGGAAUUCAAAUCGUGGGUCACCUGAGUAAAGGAUUAAAUCCUCUUUCUAUUAAAGAUUUAAGAUUCGACUCUAAAUACCUAUCAGCAACGCUUAGCGCUGGGAUCAUUACAGGCAUUUUGGCUCUAUCUGAAGGAAUAGCAAUAGGAAGGAGCUUUGCAGUAAUGAGAAAUGACCAAAUAGAUGGGAACAAGGAAAUGAUAGCUUUUGGAUUGAUGAAUGUUGUUGGUUCUUUCACUUCAUGCUACUUAACUACAGGGCCAUUUUCAAAAACUGCAGUAAACAACAAUGCAGGAUGCAAGACAGCAAUGUCGAAUAUAGUGAUGUCUCUAUGCAUGAUGCUGACUCUCCUAUUCUUGGCUCCUCUCUUCAGCUACACCCCUCUUGUGGCCCUUUCAGCGAUCAUCAUGUCUGCAAUGCUGGGUCUCAUUGAGUAUGAUAAGGCUUAUCGCUACCUCAAGGUUGACAAAUUUGAUUUUUGCAUCUGUAUGACUGCCUUCCUGGGAGUUGCUUUUAUUAGCAUGGACAUUGGCCUCCUAAUGUCUACAGGACUUUCAAUAGUCAGAGCGCUUCUGUACAUGGCCAGGCCUGCUACAUCCAAGCUUGGAAUAAUACCAGGCUCGGCGAUGUAUCGUGAUAUUGAGCAGUACCCAUCUGCAUCUGGUACCCAAGGCAUCUUAAUCCUGCAAUUGGGAUCCCCAAUUUACUUCGCAAAUUCUUCUUACAUCAGAGAAAGGAUUUCAAGGUGGAUUGAGGAUGAAAGAGGCAAUCUAAACUCCAAAAGCGGUGAGCUUGAACAUCUUAUUCUAGAUAUAGGAGGAGUUACUUCUAUUGACAUGACUGGCAUUGGAAUGUUAACUGAAGUUCACCUCAGCAUGAGAAAGAAGGGAAUUAAGAUGAUAAUAGUAAACCCCAGGAGAGAAGUACUAGAGAAGUUGAUGUUGUCAAGUUUCAUAGAUGCCAUUGGGCAGGAAUCAGUGUUCUUAUCAAUUGAAGCAGCAGUUGAGGCAUGCGAUUUCAAUUUCAACGAAUCAGAGCAGAAUGAUUGGUCCAGGCAUUGAUCAGACGCAACUAGCAGCCAAAGCUAGCUAGCUAGCUAUGUAGUUGAUGAUAAGCUUAGGAGAAGAAGCUAGUUAUGCUGGUGACUGUGUUAAUCUGAGUGCAAUGGUAGCUCUGGUUCAGCAAUGUGAUUUUUGGCUGGGAGCCCUUGUUUGUUGUAUCCAUGAGUUAUUUCUUCUACUGAGCCUAACAUGGAUUUCAUGCCAACCUGAAAACUUCCUCUAUGCUCUAUUUGGUUUGAAAGAAAUAAGAGAGAAACAUAAAAUUAAGAAAAGUUCUUUAAGGGGGCU